AUGGCGGAACUGCACAUAAUCGGCGAACUUAAGACGGCGGUGGACUUCGAGGAACCCAACCUGUUUUGUCGCUGGAGCGUCCAGUACGGUUCGAACUGGAAAGCCAUCGAGGGACACACCGAAGGUCAAUCCUGCUGCAGCACAUCUCGUAUAGAGCAGCAGUCCGAUCUCUGUACACCGAUCGAUCUGCACCUGGUGACCCGCGGGCUGCAAGGUUGGCCCAAGUUGCACGUGGAAGUGUACGCGGUGAACGCUCUCCAACACUACUGGCCCGUCGGGUACGGGUUUGCCUUUGUCCCGGUACGACCCGGACAGCAUCGGGUACGGAUCGCCACGUGGAAGGUCUCAUCUGCUCGUGUCACCGAUACGGUGCGGGAGAAGUUCCACACGGGUGGGUUUUCGCUUGCCAAGAGUGACAUCGCGUUCACGGGCAUAGAGCGGUACAAACUAUUAACCAAGACAGCCGGUUCGGUGGAGCUGGAUUUGAUGCUGAUAUUUAAGAACUUUGCGGAAUACGGUGUCGAACUGCAUUGA